CGCUACUGAAUAACGUAAACAUGAAGUAGGGAUUUAUGUUAUCGUGUUAGCUCGGCUGACAAAUGUUUAGCUAGCUCAUACGGCAUGUUAACAACCACUGUCUAUGUUAACAACUAAUGUUAUUAGCUAGAGCUUUAACAUUAAUGAGGAAAAAGGAAAUCUGUAACGUUAGUCAACCCGUUCUGCGUCGCUGUUUUGCAUAGCUACAGCUUUACUGUAACGUUAGCUAGGUUAUUAUUCCGCAGGACCAAGUGUUAGCGAACGUUAUCAUAGACACAACACAGUUUAACAGCAUUCCCCAUAUGCUCUCAUUUGUAUCGACUAUGGAACGUGGACUUGAAUGUUUCCCUUUACAAGGUGCAAUCACUAUUAGGGAACACUGUCAGCAACUUGAUUAUGAUUCUUCCUCCUAUUUGUGGGGCCAUCCAGACGUUUCGAGACGGCCUUGAGUUUCGCUAUGUCUGCUCUUUCCUCGGACUGGCAGCUGUUGGUGUUGGUUCCUGGUGCUUCCACAUGACGCUGCUAUAUGAAAUGCAGUUACUGGACGAGUUGCCAAUGAUUUACAGCACAUGCAUCUUUGUCUACUGUCUAUAUGAGUGUUUUAAACAAGAGAAGAGCAUCAGUUUAUUUCUGAUUGCAUUGUUAUUGAUCUUCAGUGUCUCAGUCACUGUGGUAUACUUACAGUGGAAGGAGCCAGUCUUUCAUCAGGUCAUGUAUGGUGCUCUAGUAGCUUGCCUAGUGAUGCGAUCUGUCUUCAUCGUUACAUGGGUGUACCCAUGGCUCAGACCGCUGUGUUACACCUCCUUAGGAAUCUUUUUGUUUGGGUUCCUACUAUGGAACAUUGACAACAUAUUCUGUGACACAUUAAGAGCCAGUAGACAAACGCUGCCCUCUGGUGUUGGAGUAGUAACACAGUUCCAUGCCUGGUGGCAUAUCUUCACAGGCCUUGGAUCCUACCUGCACAUACUUCUUAGCCUGCAGAUCAGGUCAACCUACCUCAAGUACAGACCAAAUGUAAAGUUUCUUUGUGGAGUUUGGCCUACAUUGCACAUCGAACCACAGAAGACGAGUUGAAAUUAAGGGAUGGAGACCAACUGAAGGAUGGGGACAGCCAUAUCCAGACACCAUCGGCACAGGGACCUGCCAAUGCCCACUGCUGCGCAAUCAGCCCACAGCUAGGGCACAGGUGCACCCCAAGGCACCACCCCAGGGACCCUUUGGUUCUGCACUGUGGGGAUUUACUAAACAGUAUAGCACUGAGUCCAGUCUAAAGAAAUGGAAGAUUUUCUUUUCAUUAAUCAUAAUUUAUUAGACUAGCUUUUCUGUAAUCUUAUUGAAGUGUAAUGAUUGUAUUUGCUCAUUCAUUUUCAAUGCAAAUAUGAUGUAGUCCACUGCAGCUGUAAAUGUUGAAGGGGGUAUGGGUGUUAUCUUAAUUAGGGUUUUAUGAAAAGGGAAAGUAAUUAUUCCAAAAUUUCUAUUAGCAUAUUAAUUGUAUGUUUCAUUCUGUGGAUAUUUGAAUCUCCUAAGCCUAAAGAUAUUUAAACAGAUCCCUAAACUAAAGUCUAACUAAGACUUUAGCUUACAAUACUUAAAACACAGUGUUGUCUUAUCCCUUUUUAAGUAGUAUUUUAUUGUUUUUGGAUGUGCUCACUACAUAUGGGAGAGAAACUGACAACUAGAAAGUGAAAGUGCCACUGUGUUAUUGUAGCUCAGCGGUCUUGACUAGAAGAUCCUUCUUCAUUUCCUUGUGCCACUGGCUGCAUUUUUACUUGAAAUGUUCCUAUCAAAACAUGCCACGACUGGAAUUCUUAAUUUAUUUUUCUAUCAGUGCCAAAGUUGCUCUGGGAUUUAAAAAAAAGUGUGAAACAUGUUACUGUUUUACCUCGUUAUAACCAAGCAAGAGAUACAAUGGUCAUAAUUUUGCUUUUAUUAUUGCACUGAAUUUAAAUUUUGUUUAGGACGGGGUUAACAUUUUUCCUGCAAAGCAAGUUGAACCACUUUUGAAAGCUCCAGUUUCUGUAGACAGAAACACUUUCACAGUCUUUAAAGCGAUGCUGCACGCAAAUGUGUGCUCUGUGAAGGUCUAAACUUUACAACCACAGCUAAAGCCUCCGUCAGGGUGCGUUAUGUUAAGAAACCCAUUUGUUGGGGGGGUGACCAGCAUUUGGAGGCUCUGAUCAGGCACAAAUAAUGCAAACAUGCAGCAACAUCACUGGAAAUGUAUCGGACCAACUUGCGACUGAUGUGUGCGCAAGCUCGGAGGGUUUUCUAUUUGUAAUUGUUAACAUUCACUCCAAGGACCAAGUGAAUAAAUGGAAAAUGUCAAACUCAUUUCAUGCUCGUAAGUUGCAGGCAUCGUUGCACUGAACCUCCACCUGUUGUCACUAGAGAACAGUAUUGGUAGUUAAGUGCCCUCCCUUAAUAGAAAAAUACUCAAUUUCAGUCAAGAGUAGACUCUCUUUAUCUACAGAUAUUGAACCCACUAUGCUACUACAUUUUAUUCAUCCCACUCUCAUUUAGUAGUCCUUUUUAAUUCCAUUUAUUAACACCAUGGCAUCAAGUUCAACUAGUCAAAUGACACCUGUAGGGAAUAUCUUUGAGAAACAGUGUAUGAUACAACCACUAGGUGGCGUACAUUUCCAGCUUAUUUCAGACGUUGCCAAACAUAUUGUGGAUGGAGGAACUACUAGCUACCUACUGUAGAACUCUUAGGAUCUUUGAAUCAGUUCUCAUGUACUGGAUCUGUGGUGUGAAAUGAAGGCCUUUUUAUUUGCAAUUAGUUUUUUUGCUGCUGUAAAAUUGUGGAUAUGUAAUGGUAACAAAAGAACCUGGAGCUUGAAAUAACUUGUUGGAAGAUGCACAACAUAAUGGUUGUAUGGAGAUAUGUGUGUGGCCUCCCUAACGGCUGUGUGCUGGAUUAUCCCCUGAAACAACACAUUACCCAUCCAUAGUUCAUUAUGCAUACACGCUAUGUCACUAACUCUCAUAUGCCUGGGUAUAACAAUUGAGUGAACCCAGUAUUACACACAUUCAUAAGCACAAUGUAUGAAAGAUAAGUAUUAACAUUGUUCAAAUGUCUGUGUGGAAUCUUCAAUGUAUGUUGUUUUCUUGAAAUCCCUGUUCAUCGAUAGAGGUGAGCAGUUGUCAAAGAGGGUGCCUUAGUGUUAUCGUUGCAGUCCCAAGUAAUCCAAGUGGCCUUGAUGUUCGUUAUAAACAAAACCAUUCCCAUCUGUCCCUUGUGUUGUGCAGGCUGCCCUCCUCCUGGUUCUAAGCAGUUAACGCAUCAGGACACACAAUACCGGCUUCUAAUGCAAAGUCUGCGCCUGAAUCUUUGGCAUUCCAUUCAUUUAAUGUGUCAGGUUGUUCCUAACUGCAACUGUAGCUUUAAGUUAAAAAAAAGAGAAAAAAACCAACAUUAAUGUGUUGAGGCCUGUUAUUUCUUUUGAACUUUGUUCAUGUGCCAGUCUUUAUUGAUGUCCUGUAUUGUCAAAUAAAAGAACAUGUGUCAAACUA